AUGUUGAUGAACAUGUUGCCAGGUGGUGUUAUCUUAGUUUUCAUUCUAGUCGGUUUGGCUUGUAUCAUUAUCAUUUCUACCAUUAUCUACAACAAAUGGAAGGCCAGACAACAAGGGUUGCAAAGAUUUUAA